AUGCAGUUUAUAGCGUUUCAGGGCAAGCCAGAGGGAGAUGUUGAGGCACUCUGCAGGGACAUUGUACACAACGGAUGGGACAUUGCCGCCAUUUUCCAACAGAUAAUCGAACGCGUGGUAUCGGACCCAAAUUUGGGUGACAUUGACAAGUCCAAGAUCGCUCUAGAGCUCGCAAAUAGGGACUAUGCUCUUCUUCAAGGUAUGGCAAUCCAUUUCUUAUUCAUUUUGACAAACUUGCAACAAUUCCUAUGA